AUGUWUUGCGGAACUCAAGAAAAACCUUUACCAAUAUUCAACAAAAAAUGGAGAGCCACUAAAAAUUGUGAUCGAACAACAUUGCUGACUCUCCGUCGUCCAACAGCCAUAUCAAAAUUCAGAGACACUGUACCAAGACCCUAUUGUCAACCAAUUAAAAACUCUCUUCCAUCAUGGAGAUACAGAAAAUUGGACGAAAAAAUUCCAAUGUAUCACGGGAACAGUCCAUCUGGUCCAAUUAUCUUUCAUAGAGGACCUAUGGGAAAGAAUCCUUUGCAAGUAGAUACUAAAUUAAGUUUUGUGUUAAACGAUCCGCAUAAAAUAUCGCACAGAUAUAACCCAUUACAUGAUCCGCAUUUAAAAUACUGGCUUAACUCUUCAAUUAAUAAAAAAUUUCUACAAAAGCAAGGACUCAUUACUAAAGACAAUCAUGUGAUUUGUAGUUUAAAUGAAUACAAUGAGUACAGACGAUUUUUAUCCUUCGUACACAAUGAUUUAAUAAUGCAUAAGCAAAAAAUCAAAGACGCAGAAAAUACAGAUCGCAAAAAAAUAGCCUUGGCAAAUUUUAAUCAUAGAAAAGAAUUAUUAAAGACAUUUAAAAAUGUAAAGAACAAUGAAUCAAAAAAUAAACGACAAUCUAUGCAAAGUAAAAUAAACAAUGGUCAGUUUACACGUAAACCMUCAAAUAAAGAAAGAAAACAACCAUUAAAGAAAAUCGAAACGUAUACUGAAUUUGGAACGGGCUUGGGUGGUGUAAUUGACCAGAACAAAUACAAAGGUACCUUUAUAAAAGGUUCCCCGAAUGAUUUCUAUUUAUUGGGAUUGUUUGAUCAUUUUUUUAAACAACAUUAA